UAAAUUCUGCAGCUAAUAUGGAUAUGUUUGGUUACUUAUUGGGCCUAUUUUACGAAAGAAAUCCUUGAUGGAAUGAUGGUUCCAAUGUGAUAAAAACGGAGAUGACCGAUGACAUUGGAACUUUCCAGUGACUUCCACGGAUGGUCGAAGGUAUUCCUUCCACUUAUACACCUUCUUCUCCCUCUCGAGCUGCGAUUUAGUCAAUCUUCAUCAUCUCCCUUUCAGAGCACGAUUUUAUCUCUUGCUGGUGUUAAAUCGGGAGAAAGAUUUGACGAGAAUUGGAACAAAAGAGUGACAUUUGAAGAAUGUUUGGAGUAGUAUUCCCUAAUCGGAGCUUCCCUAUGGACAUAUCCACCUUCGCUCAAAUCGACACCACCCACUGGCUCCUCGAUAUGAACACCUUCGUCGGGGAAGCGUACGACUCAAUCCGUGAAGUCUGCAUCUUCCUAUUGAAUAACUUCACGCUCCCGCCGGAUAAAGCUCUCGCCGUGUACAUCCAAUCGCCGGGAUCGCCGUUCUUUUUCUGCGGCGCUGUGACGCUGGCCCGCCCCUCCGCGGUGCUAACAUUGCCGUGGCCAGAACCGGGCGGGGAACUCCAGCUCACGGCGGAUGCCACACCGCUCUCGGCUAAGAUCGGCGUCUCGGUUGAGGAACUAGCCACGCUGCCGUCACUUGAUGUGGCCGCGGAGAAGAAGAUCGAGAGGCUGGCCAUGAAAGUGGGUGAGAACUUGUUCAAUUUCAUGCAGUCGUUUUGCGGUGUGGAUGGUAGCAGGCUAGUGGUUCCCAUGGAUAUUCUGGACAGGUGGUUCAAGAAAUUUCAAGAACGGGCCAAACGUGACCCGGAAUAUCUCAAAGGUUUCGCUCUUUAGUUUCGUUUUGAUUUCAACACAAAAAAUGAAGCAGCCUACAUAUGCUGCGAACUCUGAUGCUUCUUUGCGGAUCACAAUGAAAGUUUGAUUCCUGCAAGGCUGGUGAUCGAUCUAAAUUUAAUCAGCUAAAUUGAUGUGAUAUUGGGUGAUUAUUAUUAUUAUUAUGUUGUAACUUGUUAUGUUAUGCAAGUGGUAAAUUAUUAAUCUACGCUUAGCUCUCUCUAUUGAAUAGAACUAUUUGAGACAUAUGCAUUCACUUUGAGGAUUUCUGUCUAAGCACGGUAGAAAACCCAUGUAGUCAGUAAACAAAAAAUUAAAUGCCAAGGAUUGAGGAUAGAGG